UUUUGCUCUCUCUAAAACUGCCUAAGUUUCCCUUUCUUUGGAGCUUCUUCUUCUUGUUGUUUGGUUUAUUCUCCGAGCAUCUCCACAUUUUUCAUCUUAUUCAUGGAACUGGCGUCAGGGAUGGAGAUUCUGGGUGUUACUUGAGACCCAUUUCGAAGAUUUGUGUAAUUCUUCACCGUAACACUGCAUAAAAGAAAUAAAACCCAGUUAAAGAGAAACCCAUUUUCAUUGUUUGUCUUUUACCCAGAUAGAGAUUUCUGUUCAGUUGAAGGACUCGAGGUGAUCAAAAUGUUCAAGCCCAAGUUCUAUGCGAAAUGCAAGUCAUCAUUGAAGACCACAAAGACGCGAAUUGAGGUGUUAAAGAAGAAGAAAGGCUCUGUGGUGAAGUUCCUUAAGAGCGACAUUGCUGAACUUCUCAGGACUGGUCUUGAUUACAAUGCUUAUUGCAGGGCUGAAGGGGUUAUGAUUGAGCAAGACAGGUUAUCCUGCUACCAUUUGAUUGAUCAGUUUGUUGGGUGUAUCUCAAGCAAUCUUUCAGCCAUGCAGAAGCAGAGUAAUUGGAGAAGUGCCUGGGGAAAUCAGAUGCUUACCAAAGUAAUUGGAGAUGUGCUUAGGAAAUACAGACACCAAACGUUGGAAACCUGGGAGUGCCCUGAAGAAUGUAGAGAGGCUGUAGCAUCCCUCAUUUAUGCUACAGCUAGAUUUUCUGAAUUUCCAGAACUCCGCGAUCUUAGAACUCUGUUCACCGAGAAGUAUGGGAACUCCCUUGAACCAUUCACAAGCAAAGAGUUUGUUGAGAAGCUGAGUUCAAAGACGGUGACAAAGGAGAUGAAGCUGCAGUUAAUGCAUGAUAUAGCACAAGAGUUCUCUAUUGAUUGGGAUGCCAAGUCUUUGGAACAAAAGCUCUAUAAACUGCCUUCAUCUAAACAAGAGAGCACGUAUGAUUCAUACAACAUGAAGACUGAUGAUGAUGCAUACAAUCAAAAGAAAAGCAGGGAUGGCAUAAUCCAGGAAGACAUGACAAUAGACAAAGUAGCCCACCAUCAAGCCAGAAAGGGUGUUAAAAAUGGUGGACACAAUCAACAGAGUAGUAGUGAUGAUGAAUCAGCCGGCGGAAUGACAAGUUCAACUUCAGUAGAUAGCUGCUCGGAGGAUGAAGUGAGCAGUAAAAUACCCCUUUUCUCCAAAUUUAAACCUCCUCCGUAUUUCAAGGCAAAGGCAGAAAGAGAAGAAAGCCGUCUAGCAGAGGAGUACUCAAAACCAGAAAAUAAUUUCGCUGCAGUUGUAGAGGAAAACAACCACAGAGAUGAUUCUGUUCAGGAGGAGAAGCCAAAGCCAAUAUCAGUUAGAAGAAGAAACUUGAAGCCACCUCCAGGACGUGAAAACAUUGGCAGUACAAAGACUAAUCUGGCUUCGAACACUAUACUAAACGGAAAGAAACAAAAAGAGCCAAGCCAUGAGAUGGAUGAGGAGGAAAAGGAACUUGAUGAGCUUCUGACCCACUACACCAAGAAUGAUUUGCCGGGUGAACCGAGUAAAGGGAAGCCUUAUAUAAAACCUCCUCCUUCACAUUAUAAACCUGAAAAUGCUGAAGGCAGCACAAGGCAGAGAAACACCAAGUUAUCUGUUCCACCAGGAAGAGCAGCGUCUAUGCCAGCUGAACCAACAACACCUACUGAGUCUCAUGCUCGAAGCAAUUCAUUGCAGCCUGAGACAUUAGCUGGACAUGUUCAUCCUAAGCUGCCAGACUAUGACAAUCUAGCAGCUCAAAUUGCAGCUCUCAAAGGCAGAUAAAUGAAGAUAGCACUAGAAUAUUACGAAAGAUAUAUCCACAUUCUAUUGUUUAGCAUGCAUGCUUUUAGUUCAAUAGGUUGGGAUUCUUCUGUUCAUUGGUCACACGUAGGAAGAGUAUAUAUGUUAGUCACUGCUAGUAAAUUUCAUCCAUGUUCAUAGACGAAGUUUAUUGAUUGGUCUAUAAAUAUAUAGCUUCUAAUGUCAGUGUGUUUAAUGGGUCCAAUCCGUAUGAGAACAUUUGAAGAUGGUUAAAAUGAAUGUGA